AUGUCUACACACUUGAAGUUGUAUACUGCAGGAACCCCAAAUGGGCACAAAGUGACAAUCUUAUUGGAAUUAUUAGGACUCGAGUACGACACCCAAAAGUUGAAUUUCUCUACAAGUGAACAGAAGGAAGAAUGGUUUAUUAAACUUAACCCCAAUGGAAGAAUUCCAACAUUGGUCGAUUCUUCGACAAAUACCACUCUUUCGGAAACUGCUGCAAUUUUACAGUACCUUGUUGACACUUAUGAUAAGGAUAAUAAGUUUUCUUACAAAGUUGGCACCCCCUUGUACUACAAGCAAUUGGAAGUAUUAUAUUUUCAAAUGGCAGGGAUAGGCCCAAUGUUUGGACAAUUAGGCCACUUUAAAAUUACUGCUAAAGAUAAAAUUCCGUAUGCAAUUGAAAGAUAUGAAAAUGAAUCCAAAAGAUUAAUUUCUGUUGUCGAUGAAUACUUAAAGCGCAAUAAGGAAAAUGGAUUAUUUUUGGUAGGCGAUCAUUUAAGUAUCGCAGACAUUGCUAUAUUCCUGUGGAUGGUAGUAUUACACAGAGGAGAUCUUACUCUUGACUCAUGGCCAUUGACUGCACAGUGGUAUGAAAGUAUUGCAGGCCUAAGUGCCGUUAAAGCAGGAUUAAGUAAGCCAUAA